UUCUAAUUCAAAAAAUUGUCCCUAUCGUAUGUUCUUGUUUAUUUAUUGUAACAGAUAUUUUAUUUAGAUAUAUUUAGGUCAUUUGUUUAUGUUGAAUUCGUUCUGGUCUAUAUUCAGCUGUUCCUAUGAACUAUACGUUCAACGUUCAACGUUAUUCAUGAAGAUUAUUUAUAAAGAGGCGUACAGAGCGAUGGGACGUUUUGAAUUGGAAUGCCACCGAACCCACGUAAACAGGAACAGUGCAGUAAUUUAAAAGAAAGGGGACGGCGCGGCUAGUGUUGCUACUUAAAGCUUCGGUCUUUAGCUUAAUUCCGUUCACUGGUCAACAAAUAACUUACUAUCAAGCAAGUGAACUAUACUGAGAUGGAUGGAUAUAAACUGGAUAUUAGGGUUAACAGAACUCGAAAGGCACAAUCACUGGGCCGACAUGACUGAUUCGAUUGACUUGGCUUGACAGCUCUGCUGCUAGUGCUAGCAUCAGUCAUAAUCGUUAGAUCACUAUCACACCCCGAAAAAUAAUAAUCUGAACGAGGGAAGUGGGCAUCUGUUCAUCCUUUGUUGAAUAUGGACGAAGAUUAUUUGCUCGCCAUUCAGCUGCAGGAGCAGUUUGACCACGAGGCGUCCCGAUCCACAGUAAGUGAUGAAGGAGACAGUUUUGGACAAAGCAGCAAAAAGCGAAAAGUUGAGUCUGGCAGCAGCAGUGUCAUCCCUUAUUCGCGUCCGCGUGUCGACCCCGAGAGGCCAAUGUCCAUCGUGGAUGACUCAUGGGAAACGCUGGACCCCAACCCCGAUGUGAGGUCCAUGUUCCUUGAGUUCAACGACACUUUUUUCUGGGGGAAACUCUGCGGUGUGGAGGUCAAAUGGAGCCCUAGGAUGACUCUAUGUGCAGGUGUGUGCUCCUACGAGGGUCGAGGUGGACUGUGUUCCAUACGUCUCAGCGAGCCAUUACUGAAGCUUAGACCCAGACGGGAUCUUGUCCAGACGCUUCUUCAUGAGAUGAUUCACGCUCUGCUGUUCGUGACCCAGAACAAUCGAGACAGGGACGGACAUGGGCCAGAGUUCUGCAGGCACAUGGACAGAAUCAACCAGGCUACUGGGACUAAGAUCACCGUGUACCACACCUUCAACGAUGAGGUGGACCUGUACCGCCAGCACUGGUGGCGCUGCGACGGCCCCUGCCAGAACCGCAAGCCUUUCUUCGGCUACGUGAAGCGGGCCAUGAACCGGGCCCCUUCGUCCCUGGACCCCUGGUGGGGGGGCCACCAGAGCAGCUGCGGGGGCACGUACACCAAGGUGAAAGAGCCGGAGGGCUACGGGAAGAAGGGGAAGGCCAAGGGAGAGGGCAGCAAGGAGAAGGGGAAGACCAAGGGGAAGACCAAGGGAGAGGGCAGCAAGGAUGGCUUCGAAACCAAGCCCACAGCCAGCAGGAAGCCCUCCAGCACAACAACAGGUUCCGGUUUACAGGACAUCAGGAAUAUCAUCCCCUUCAGCGGCAAAGGUUUCUUGCUGGGUGGAAGCUCUCAAUCGUCAUCCUCAUCGUCCACCAACAAACCCUCUGGGCCCAGCCCCACACAGCCAGCAGUUUUCCCCCCAGUCUCCCCAGCCAAGCCCUUGAUGUCCCCCCCAGCCCUGUCAGCCAAUAAAACAGUGGGCUCAUCUGGAUGGCUUAAUGGAAGUAGCCCCAUUAGGGGUAGUAACACAAGCUCACCAGCAGGUGGAGCCCCCAGUGCCCCUCCAAGCAAGGGACCGCCUAUGAAGAAGUCAGUCAGCAACACCAGGGUCUUCGUCAACAUCAACGGCUCCCCAGUCAGGAUUCCCAAACCCAGCCGACAGGUCGCCAAUCCAAUGAACACGUUACCAAAGACCAAACAGCAGUCUGUACAGGACCUAUUCAACUCCAGAAGCCUUCAGACAUCUCAGAGUGCAGCUGGUCCCUCCACUGUGUCAAAACCUCCUGAGGAGAUACAGACCAGAGACCCUACCAGCCAAUCCGGGGGCAUCAGUUCCAGGAAGAGACCUUGGGACAACCGGACCUCCGCCAACAUCUUCGACUUCUUCCGGAAGACCAUGGGAGAGUCUUCAUCCUCCUCAUCAUCUACCACCACCUCCAGGGACGGGAGACAGGGAGGAGCCUCAAGGGCAGCCCUCCCAGCCCCAGCCCCCUCCACCUCCACCCCCGUUGCCCAGGCCAGUUUUGGGGCUUCCACCAGCCUGACAGUGAGCUGCCCAGUGUGCCAAGUCAAGGUGCCGGAGGCCAAAAUCAAUGAACAUCUAGACUCCUGUCUGUCCUGAUGGAGAACAGCGUGAGGAAGAAACACAGCCGUGGCAUUUUAUCACACAGCUCAGGGACUUUUAAAUAGGACCAAAGCACUGACUGGGAUGUAAUUGGUUUGUUGGAUGCUGUAAAUGUGGACAUGUGAAGGAUUUGCUACUAUAUCUUUUGUAACCACAUAGAGCUGAUUCCUGAGUCCCUGUACCUUCAGUUUGAGAUUUAAAUUAUAAACAACUCCUGACUAGAAGUCACUGAUUUAGUUACAACCGGUGUUUUAAAAAAAAAUAUGCAGUGACUGAUUUUUUACUUAGUGGUGGACACAAGCAAUCAUUACAAAAUAAUAGUUGGUGUACUUUCUCAUAAAAUAAGUGCUUUAGGCCAUGUCAAACCAUCUCUAUUGCAGCCUCUUUAUAGACUUGCUGUGGUACAUAGUUUGGAGGGGUCCUGAUAGGCUGUGAUGCUGAUCGGGCAGUAUUGUAUUUCACACCUGCUUGCGGUUCACGUCUUUCAAGUUUUGAGAAUUCAUACCGCAUUCCGCAUUCAGUUGGGGUGUGACAAGGGCGUUGGGUGACCUCAGUCAUUUGUUACUGCGGUGCUAUUCUGUGCUGUUCUGAACCACAACACUAAGACAUAAUGCCUUUUAACCUUUUAUUUAAUGUUAUGUUGUCAGUUUCUGUCAGCCUUUAAAACGUAUCUACAAUAGUUUUAAGGUGCCUGUUUGUUUCGUUCAAAAAAAGUGUUUACAUGUUGGAGGAAUAAGAUAUAUACUGAUUGUGUUGGAUUCAUUGCUUUGAUACAAAACUAUAAUUGUAUUUUACCUUUUAUAUUUUUGUCCAGUUUUACUUAAAAAUAAAUUGUUGUGAAAUAAACGUUCUACUCAAAUGGA